GAAGAAAGAAGUUGCUCGUUCAGCUAAAUAAAUAACAUCACCAAACAGUCAAAGAAAUAAACCGCUACAAUUAAAGCUUCACACGCCUUGCUGACCAUCAGAGACCGGGUAAUCGCAGACAUGAUUCAUCAAAGCUUGAGAAUUUCAAGAAAUACUUUCAUUCAAAUUCACUUGAAGAGAGACGAAAGCGACGAGGAAAAAUCAUACAACCACUGAAUUAUUAUCUUUUUCUUCUUUUUCUGUCUCUUGGAUCAACAAGGCA